UUGAAAAAACAGGACCGCAUCUACGGAAGUAAGCAGCAUUAUGCGCUGCUAAAACAUGACAAUGGAUUGUCAUGUUUUACGAAUUUCAGCUGGCACACUGGACAAAAGAGCCUGAACAAUGUCCUGCAAUUGGGGAAGGCACCUGGCUGAAAACCUCACGAAUGCUGAUCAUAUGCGUGAUGCGAGGAAGAAAAUAGAAAAUGAAUAUCAGGAGAAACUGCGCAGGCGUGAACGUGAGAGGGAAGAUGCUGAGGAAAGGCGAGCCGCUCGCAGAGUGAAGAGCAUCAACAUUUCGUAUGAGGAGUUCAAGAGCAGAACUUAUGACAGACCGUGGGCUGUGACAAAGACAGCACUCAGAAAGUCAUCCAGCCCUAUGAAAACAAGCUCUUCAGAUACCAGCCUUUCGUCCAGUGGGAAUUCAGGAUCGACAUUACCUGACAUCAGCAAGAGACAGAGGAGACAGCCGCAACAAACAACACAGCGGCGCAUAAAUGACGGAUGCUCAACAAGUAAGGAGGAGGGCAAAAAUAAAUCCCUAAAGAAAAAGGACAAGAUAAAGAAACCCUCUGCAUCUGGACACUCAGCCCCCCAAAAUAAGAGCUCCCACAAGCAGCCCACCUCCAGCAACACAGACGAAGACAAACACCCCCAGUCUCCCCAGCAGGAAUCACUGGGUUCGAGCCAGAACCUCAGACGUCCCCCGACCCACACCAGACGGCUCCUGCCCAUAUCCCAGGAGCACCAGGGCCGAGGCCGACCCCGCCUGUGGCAUCGGCUGCCUUCGCUCAAGUACAGCCUCUCCUCCUCUUCCUCAUCCUCCUCAUCGUCAUCAUCAGAUUCCGACGUGGACCGUCGUCGCCAGAGCUCGCCGGACUUCUCAGACCUGGAUAACAGCAUUCCGGAAGAGUUGAUGAUGGCAGGAGGAGGAGGAGGAGGAGGAGGAAGAGACGAGACGGAGGAGGAGGAAACGCCGCGUAGUAGGCUUGUCAGAACGCCAGGAGGUGGAGGUGGAGGCGGAGGCCUCAGCAGUGGAUUCUUCUCCUCCAGUGGCCUGCUGUCUGACUCCUCCAGCCUGAACUCCUCCUCCCUGACGUGGGGCCUGUCCACCCUCGGCCCCAACCCCUAUCGCAAGCCAGUCAUGGCACCACAGCCGCAGCUGCCGCACCACUCCUCAAGCUCAACCUCCAGGGCUCGGGGAGCUAAGGCACCGACAGAGUUCCCACAGGCUUCCAGGGAGUUCCACUUGUCUCUAACACCCAGCAGCAGCAGUAGUAGUAGCAGUAGCAGCAGCAGCAGCAGCAGUAGUUCUACCUACUUCAUACCCAACAGGAACUUCCCAUUCAAGCUGGCCCGCAGGCUCAUGAGCUCGCCCGCUGGAGGCUCCUCGUCCCUGGGCUCGUUCAUCAGCAACCUCCCCUCCUCCCCAGGCCUGGAUGCGACCACCAUCACCUCCUCCUCCGACUCCUCCAGUGACUCAGAAGAGGAGCUGAGCUCGUGGAGAACCAGCGACCUGAGACCAGGUGACAAUGACAACAAGGAGGACGGGGAUGACGAUGACAACAAUGAUGAUGAUAGGGUAGCGCGAUGGAGUCUGACUCGACCUUCACUUCUUCCGUUGUCAAUGGCGACCCCAUCGGCAGCAUCAGCAGCAGCACCCUCCACGGCGGUGGCGGCGACGUCUGUCCGUUGGCGAAGCUUGCCAGAGGAGGAGGAGGACUCUGAAGGCGACUCCGAGUACGAGACAGCGCCCUCUACUGAGGCGGGAGGCCCUGCGGGAGCGGGAGCAUCGAUACUGCUGAGGCGCUCGAAUGGAGUCGUGACGCCGACGACGUCAGGCCUGGACCCCGGCCCUGAGGUCACUGCCAUGACGAUGUCCAGAAUGUUGUCAUCGUCAUCCUCGGACAACAACGCGUCACCGUACGCUGCCAUGGGCAGUAGUCACACCAGACUCGAACUCUUGCGCUCCCUCCUGGCCCCCAGCAACAGCGCGGUGGAGGAGGUGGGGGGGCCACCGGCGCUGGAGUCCGUGCCCAGGGCAGAGGCACGUUGGCUGGGUCGACUGAACCGAGGGGCAGCCUCCUUUUCCUCCUACCUCCAAGACCAAGACAGAGUCAGAGACAGAGACGGAGAGAACGAUGGCAAUGCAGAGGCUUCACAUAACAACCCAACCCUAUCCUCCUCCUCCUCCUCCUCCUCCUCUUCCUCCUCUUCAUCCUCCUCCUCUUCCUCCCCAUCCUCCUCCUCCUCCCGACCGAGCCCCCUGUCGCGCCUCCACGCCCUGGCCGUCAUGGACCACCUGGGGCUGGCGCUGAUCGCCAUGCGGCAGAUGAGGCAGGAGAUACAGGAGAUCCAGGACCGCAACGAGAACGGCAUUGGGAAUGGGAUUGGGAUUGGGAACAUCAUCAGACAGCUGGGGGAGGGGCAGGGAGCUGGUGCGAUCGGGAUGCAUAGGAACAUUGCCAGCGCAGCAGAGAGGGAGGGUACCGGGAUCGGGAACACGGAGAGUGGGGACGGCGCGAGGGUUGGGAAUGCCGGAGCACGGAAUGCCGGGAGUAGGAUUGCCAGGAGCGGGGGAGAGAACACGCUGGGAGCUGAGGAGGAGGCCAGACCACAAGCCGACCCGGAAACACUUCAGAGGAUCACACAGAGUCUGAUGGAUGAGACGGAUGAGGAAGAGGAGGGCGACCAGUGUCGUAUAUGCCAGUCUGGCACGGGCAACCCCACCAACCCGCUGCUCUCUCUCUCUCUCUCUCUCUCUCUCUCUCUCUCUCUCUCUCUCUCUCUCUCUCUAUCACCCCAUCUCUUGCCCUCUCUCUAGUCUAAUGAAUGAGAUGAAUUGAUAA